UCGAGGUACAUAGAGAUCUUUGACUUGCAACUUCAAGAGACGAUGAGGUCGCGAGGGCAAGCAGCCAAGCAGUGCGGCCAUUAAUUGCGGCACUGUCCACAGCAGCCACUGCGGCAAGUUACACGUUUUGCUCGUGUGGCAGCACAACAUCACAAAGCACAUUCUGGCAGGUCCAAAUAUGCCCGACGAAUAUCAGACAAUUCCUGCCACCAUUAUCUGGUUUCAUUACAUCUCCUUAUUAACGAGUAUUUCCAUCGUUGUCAUGUCCAUUUUCGACUACGGGACCUUAUCACUUUACAUGAAUCCGCUCGUAGGACUGCUGACGAUUUUCUUCCAUGCGUCGUUAAUCAUCCUCACACACAAAAGGCCAGAACUCAAGGGGAUGCUUUCAGUAGAAGCUGUUGUGUUCGCCUAUCUUUUAUCCCUAAGCUGGCUAGCCUGCUUUGUCGUGAUGGUCUAUGUUGCCUGGAAGAGCCAAGGAAGAUCACCGCAGCUCUUCGGGAUGGACGAAGCCUUCUUGACCGCCAUCGACAACGCAACGCAACGGCUGCAGUUUAUGUGCACUUCGUUGGAAUUUGGUCUGCUGGGAGAUUUGGCUGUGCGAAGUACGUGGGCGAGGCGAUCUGAAUUCGAGGAUUGUGCGGGAAAGGAUUACGACCAUUAUAGUGUUAGGUAUUGAUUGCAUAUCUGGGCCUACAAUCAAUGGGAAUGGAGGAUAUAAUACCAGAGAAGACUGAAAUUUCUUUUUUGUCGAGCAACUUGUGCUCACGAAGUGGAACUACCAGAUCCAUAAUCUAUUGUCCUUGGACUCACCGCUACGAAAUGCCGUGCUAACUUCCAGAUCAAGUCGUUCCUAGUCAUUCCCAGCCUACAGUCGCAAAAUUAAUUCAAAGAUAUUUCCCAACCUCUCCUAACUCACUU